UUUAAGUGGUUGAUUAGGACGUCGGCGCAGCUUCUGUCCCGACUCUCCUCCGACCGGCCGCCGGUGACUCUCCGCUCAGGUGGAAGGGAGCGCGAGGAGGACGCGCGUGCCAACUUUGUCUCAGACAGACCCCAGUCAGGCGCUCUCUUUACUUGGCCGAGGACUCGACGAUGAGCCGGAGUCGCCGAUGGAUUCGGUAGGACGUCGCUUCUCUGAGUGUUUCUUACUGCACUCUGAACAAGAGUAGGAUGAACUUGUCCAAGGCUCCACUGGUCAACAGCAGCACCGAAGACAGCUCCAAGUCCUGCUACAGUAAAUGCGGCGCCAGCGCCUGGAGGAUGCAGCAGAGCUACGAGCCGCUGGAGGCCGGUCACAUGAGAGACGCACACGCCCUCUACAACCCCCGGCUUCUCUGCAGGAUGUCCAGUAAGGAGCGCCACCUGGAGUCCAACUGCCCGUCCUCCUACAUCAAGACCGAGCCGUCGAGCCCCGCCUCCCUGACCGACAGCCUCAACCACCACUCCCCCGGCGGCUCCAGCGACGCCUCCGGCUCCUACUCCUCCACCAUGAACGGCCACCCCAACGGCCUGGACUCCCCGAGUCUGUACGGCUCCAACGCGGGACCCCUGGGGCCAGCCGGAGGCCCGGGCUCCAAGCGCUACGAGGACUGCUCCUCCACCAUGGGCGAGGACUCGCAGAUCAAGUGCGAGUACAUGCUGAACUCCAUGCCCAAGCGCCUGUGCCUGGUGUGCGGAGACAUCGCCUCCGGAUACCACUACGGCGUGGCGUCCUGCGAGGCCUGCAAGGCCUUCUUCAAGCGCACCAUCCAAGGCAACAUCGAGUACAGCUGUCCGGCCACCAACGAGUGCGAGAUCACCAAGAGGAGGCGCAAGUCCUGCCAGGCCUGCCGCUUCAUGAAGUGCCUGACGGUGGGGAUGCUGAGGGAGGGGGUGCGACUGGACCGGGUCCGUGGUGGAAGGCAGAAGUACAAGCGCCGGAUCGAUGCAGACAACAGCCCGUACCUGAACCCACAGCUGGCGCUGCCGCCCAAGAAGCCAUUUGCCUUUGGCCUUGCAGAUAACAAGAUCGUCUCUCACCUGCUGGUGGCUGAGCCCGAGAAGAUCUACGCCAUGCCUGACCCCACCGUGCCCGACAGCGACAUCAAGGCGCUGACCACGCUGUGCGACCUGGCUGACAGGGAGCUGGUGGUCAACAUCGGCUGGGCCAAACACAUCCCAGGCUUCUCCACGCUGUCCCUGGCCGACCAGAUGAGCCUCCUGCAGAGCGCCUGGAUGGAGAUCCUCAUCCUGCGUGUGGUCUACCGCUCCCUCUCCUUCGAAGACAAGCUGGUCUACGCCGAGGACUACGUCAUGGACGAGGACCAGUCCAAGCUGGCCGGACUUCUGGACCUGAACAACGCCAUCCUGCAGCUGGUCAAGAAGUACAGGAGCAUGAAGCUGGAGAAGGAGGAGUUUGUCACCCUGAAGGCCAUCGCCCUGGCCAACUCAGACUCCAUGCACAUCGAGGACGUGGAGGCGGUGCAGAAGCUGCAGGACGUGCUGCACGAGGCCCUGCAGGACUACGAGGCCUCGCAGCACCCGGAGGAGCCGCGGCGGGCGGGAAAGCUGCUGAUGACGCUGCCGCUGCUGCGCCAGACCUCCACCAAGGCCGUCCAGCACUUCUACAGCAUCAAGCAGGACGGCAAGGUGCCCAUGCACAAACUCUUCCUGGAGCUGCUGGAGGCCAAGGUGUGAGGCCCUCUGGCCCCGGACCCCCCCGCCGGACUCCCACACGCACACACGCACUCACACACUCCCGACCUCGCUAGAGAAGCUUCUGCCACCACUGACUCUGGAGAAGUUCCUCCGUCCACUUUCUUUCCCGCAGAGUUUUUUAAAAGCGUAAAAGAAGCGGAACAUUGGCCCGGCCCAGGAGGAGCAGGAGAAUCGGACCGGGCCCAACUCUCACGCCAGAAACGCUUCUGCUCCUUCUGGGCCAGAACUUUCUGCUGUAAAUAUCCUGCUGGUGUCAACCCAACCUUUUUUCAGCUGAAGACUGAGUCCCAACCUGUUGUCUCAGACGACGACACUUUAGCACAAAGAAGAAACACUUGAAUCGGACCCCGCUUUAUUUAUUGACUGAUUUAUUUAUUGAUCUAUCUAUAUCAUAACUGGUGCAAUAACUUCCUGCUGGUUCCGUCGUGCAAUACAGCGGCUGCUCGCCGACGCCAGCCCACCCGACCUUCCGCUCCCUGCCGGAACCUCCCGUCUGCUCCAGGUGCAACCCAUGCGGCGGCGGCGGCGGCGGCGGCCGUGUUGGAGAACAGGCCCCUGGAGUGCGAGUCAGGGAGUGGGAGGCCGAGUCAGCUGGACUGACGCGGCGUGGAGGCGAAGCCCACGUCUCUGUCAAUGCCGCAGGUUCUACGUGUGACAUAGCUCCCCCUAGUGUCCCACCCCGGUUGUUUCUGUCUGCGUCCUGCAGGGGGCGCUGUGGCCACGGUGUGUGGAGCACCUGCAGUCAGCCCCUGAGCUGAGGGUGACCUGCUCCCGCCCAUAGUCUCAGCGAUUUAGCAUCUGAGCGGAGAACGCCAGGCGCCUGACUCACGGCCUGGUGGCGGCUCACGCUGGCGCCGGGCCUUUUCUAAUCACACUGCUGUAAAUAAAAACCUUUCACAAGCUGUACAAACUCUUUAGAAUAUUUCUAUGAUUUUAUAUUUUUCGACAAAGAAUUAUGGGCGGUGAAAGGGGCACGGCGUUGGAGCGGGCGCUCCACCUGCCGGGCGCCGCCGCGGCCCCCGCCCCGCGCGCCGCUCCGCUGCAGCCCCCGUCAGGUGCUUGGUCUUGGUGUGUCACCAGGUGGCGCUGCUCGGCUUGGUCCCAUCCCGCCAGCGUCCCACCUGCUUCCCGCUCACGAGCAAUAUUUUCUGCUGGCACUUUAGUUCUCCUGGACCUGAGCCGGCGGCGGUGGCGGCGGCGGCGGCGGCGGCUGGUGACCUUCCUUCCAACAUGUCUGUGGUGUAGAUGUGCUUGACACCUGAAAAGAGCCGUAUAAUUUAGUGGCGUGUGUCGAACCCCUGUGCUCAUCCGUGCUAAUGUCUUGAUUUGACUGUAAAUACUGUCCGAUGCAAAAGAGACUAUGAUUCUGUAAGUCAACUCUUCACGCGUGUUACUCCAGACUAUGCCUUUCAGGAUGAUGACAGUAGAGCAAUAUCCAUUAAAAGCAGGCUUCCAGUUUUCACCUCGACUCCUUCCUCUCUGCACCCCUGCCCCUCCUCCUCAGAGUCCUGUGAGGUCCAGCUGAACCUUGGACUCCAUGCUCAGAGCAGGACAGGAUCUGAGGAGCAGGGGCUCCAGAGGUCUCUCCUGAAGAGCGGGCGACGAAGAGAGCGCAGCCGGUGGAGACGACUGUGACCUGAGGCUUUAUUGGUGGAGUCAGAGAUGAAGACACGUCCCUCUGACAGCAGACAGGACAAGGACAGGUGGUUGAGAGCAGAGAAGGUGAUGGACCAAGAGUGUUGGAGAUGGAGGAGAGGAAGAGCAGCGUGGGCUUCAUGGGGCCAGAGACCUUCCUGUCACCCACUUGCUGUUGGGAAGGAGUGAGUCCAGACUGGACCUUCUCUGCUCAGCCUGCAGGCCGUGCGAGCUCCCAGUGCCAACUCCAGCACAGUUGCCGUGACACGUGUGUGUUAGCAGACACAGUCAGAGCUGCUGAUGGUCCAGUUCCACCUCAGCGCGUGUGUGUGUGUGUCCAUGUUCCAGCCUUCAGACGCGCUGCAGGCUUCACAGGUGUGUUCGUGUUAGCCAGUCGCUGUGUGGAGGAGCUGAUCCGCUCUGACACACACACUCGGGUCUCUCUGUCCUUGUGAGGUCCUCUCCUGGCCAUCACCCUUUCCCCAGCCUCGAACCCUCACACGAAACACACGGCUCACCUGAACCAGGACUGGGGACCCGACUGGAGCCCAGUUACAGUUUGUUUGAAGCCCUUAACCUUGUGGGGUCCUCUCCCCUCCAUGGGUCCUCACUAGGAUAGAUAUGCUUGAACACACGCUCACUGACUCACACACAGACCGGGCCCAGGGCGCCAGCAGCAGAGGGGCUGCAGGGUCCUGGACUCGGGUCGUGUCUUAUCGGA